AUGUCAUCGUCAUUGGCCGACCAGGAGCAGCAGCAGCAAGAGCAGCACCAGCAGGAGCAGCAGGACGAUCAGGAUCACCACCACCACCCUGAGCUGCCCGUCUCGCCCACUGCCUCGCAGCAGGCCACCGCCCACGCCUACGCCAGCAAUGGCCUCCAGGUCCUCCAGGCCGCAUCCGAUGCAGCUGCCGCUGCCGCCAUCCAGAAUGUCCAGCAUCACCUGAGCACCGCCGCCGCCGCCGCCGCUGCUGUCGCCGACGAGCAUCAGCUACAGCAGCAGCAGCAGCAGCAGCAACAACAACAUCAACAACCCGAAAACCAAGCUGUCGAGGAAGCUCAACAUCAGCAUCAGCACCAGCACCAGCACCACUUGUCCAUGCCGUCGGUGGCCGACCACGAGCAACAGGCUCAGCAGCAACAGGCUCAGCAACAGCAACAGCAACAGAAACACCUGCCUCCGCCUCACACGCCGUCCCGGCCCCCCCAUCAACAACAACCCCCUCCUCCGCAGACCCAGACCGUCCUGGCUGCCACUUCCGCCUCUCCCCUCAGCCCCGAUGGCUCCCUCGGUGCUGCCGCCGCCGCCACCGCCGCCGUGCCUCAUGCCGCCAUGCCCGCUUUCCCUCAACCCUACGCCCCGUUGCCAGACAUGUCGCGAGAUCCGACCAUCAACCCGAAGCUGACGCGCCUCCGACGUGCUUGCGACAUGUGCUCUCAGCGAAAAGUCAAAUGUGACGAGUCCGGCCCUCCUUGCCGACCCUGCUCCGAGCUCAACGUCGACUGCACCUUCCACCGUCAACUCAAGAGACGAGGUCCCCCGAAUAAGCAUGCCGAGGCUGCUAGAGCCGCCCGGAAGCAGAGGAUUGAACCUGGCAUGUCUGCCGUCACUGCCGCCUUCACCUCCUAUGGCUCUGCCGUCACCCCAUCGCCCUCCCCGCAUAACGCUGCGCAGGCUCUGGUUUCGAUAGCAGAGGGGCCCGCUCGCCUCGACGCCGAGUCCAUUGCUCCCAUGCCCAUACUCGAGCUCCUCAUCGACGACUUCUUCACCUACAUCCACCCCCUCGCGCCCUUCCCCCACGAGCCCACCUUUCGACACUCCUUCGCCAACCGAGAGGACCGCACGAACCCCGAGUUCCUCGGCCUGCUGGCCUCGAUGAUUGCUGCUCUUGUGGCCUCCUUCCCUCGCAGUGCACGUCAACAUCUCAAAACCCAGCACAGCACCCACCUGUUCCCCAAGGCCAUCGUCAUGAUCGAAAGAUGCCGCGACAUCGCCCUCGACACGCGCGGCGCCCGAUGGGCUCUGAAGCAGCCCAAGACGUUGGAUGACGCCGCCACCAGCUACUUCAUGGGUCUUGCGGCCGGCUACACGUUCCAGCUCGGCAAAUACCGCUACUUCACUACCGAGUGUUUGUCGCUCAUCCGCGAGUUGGGCUUCCACCGCCCUAAGCAUCCCAACGAGCUCCCCACCUUCGGUAAUGACGAUUGCUCGCCCGACCCUUUGCCCUUCCACCACAUCAAGGACCAGAUCGGCAAGCGCAUCUUCUGGUGCCUCUUGUUGGGCGUCAGGUCGUUCUCGCAGCUGGGCGCAUCCCACGCGGACUUGGUAAUCGCUCCCUCUACCCCGGGACUGCCUUAUCCCGCCCUGCCUGAGGAUGUUGACGAUCUCUACAUCAUGGCCAACGAGGUGGUGUAUCCGCCCGAGAGCUCUGUCACCCUGCUUACCGGUUACCGGUUCGCCAUCGACAUCUACACCACCAUGAACGCCAUUGUCAGCGUCGAACUCGUCUACGGGAUGAGCACGCUGCCCUGGCUGGACCAGAGAUCGCUGUUGAGAGACGCUCUCAUCGCCGCCAAGGACAUCCUCGACCGCUUGCCGCCCGAACUCCAGCUCAGUGCGUCGUACGAGCAAUCGAGCGGCUUUGGGGCCUUGGAUGACGCCGAUCUCCAAUACGUGCCGCCCGCCUACCCCAACAACCAGCCAAUGAACGAUGUACGGAACGUUAUCAAGAACCACCCCCAGCGGCGGCGGCAGCUCCAGUAUGAGAUUCAAAAGGCCAACAUCUACAUUUCGCAACUGGCCACUCGCUCAUUCUACGUCGAGCUGUACUUCAACCUGCGAGACGUCCACUUGGCAGACCCGAACAAGGACGACCAAACCGGUAACAGUCCUGAAGAGAAGGCUGCAAAGGAAGCUGAGGACGCCGAGGAAGCGCGGGUGUUUGAACUGAUGACGGCGGAGAGGGAAUUGAUCGUGCAGAACCUGCUUCAUGUUCUAGGCUCCAUCUCGCAGCGCAACCUCGAGCCCAACGGCGGAUCCUUGAUCAACAAGAUUCGACAAGUCGCGUCGACGCUGCUUAACGACGCGCCAGAGCGCAAGGGCCCGGUAGCCAUGAAGUCGGAGGAAGCGUUGGUGAAGCUUAUCGAUGUGCUGCUCAAACUGGAGGGCACAGGCCCGAGUGGCAACAACAUGGCGGGAGAGAACAUGACGCCACAGGAUGAGGAGGAAGAGAUGCGCAACUGGGCCCACCUGCGCGAUUAUCAGCAACGGUUUGCGGCGCAAGGCGGGUACGCCGGAAACAUUUAA